CUACAAUUGCCUCAGCUGUUCUGCACUGUUCUGCCGAUACUGAUAAAAGUCCAAUCUCAUUUUGUUUUUGACAGUCGCACUGAUUGAUUGGAGUUAAAUCUUAAUUUAAUUUUUACAGUCGUUUUGUUAAGAUCUUUUUUUAUUAGAGUUAAAUCUCAAUCUAAUUUUUACAGUCGUUUUGUCAAUAUCCUCCGGACAGGUAAAGUUAGAGCUAAUCGUAAAAAAUUAGCAUUUUUACCCAACAUACACAGAAAAAGUGCACAAGUGAUGUGUUACUUGCUUAGACGAACCUGGGAGCAAAGCAACGCAAAACUAGUACCAUAGUUGAACUCUUAUCCACAAAUGUCUAACGCACUGACUCUGCCGUGUCUCGGCAUAGUCAGCAUGGCGCGCCGCCCAAAACGCACGGCAAAGACUAAGCAAGCUCCACCCCCGACGACCGUCGGCUUCGGAAUGGGCAAGAGGAAGGACCCGCUCUGGCAAUGCGUGGAAGGUUGCGGAGCUUGCUGCAAACUCGUCAAGGGUCCCUCUUUCGCUACCCCUGAAGAAAUCUUCACUGACCCUGCUGACGUUGAGCUAUACAAAAGUAUGGUGGGUUCAGAUGGGUGGUGCGUGCACUUUGAGAAGAGCUCACGCAAGUGCUCCAUUUACAAUGAGCGUCCAUAUUUUUGUCGUGUGGAGGCAGACGUGUUUGACAAAUUGUAUGGGAUUAGCAAGAAGAAAUUCAAUGUGGAAGCUUGCAGGAGCUGCACGGAUACCAUCAAGUCUGUUUACGGUCCCUAUUCCAAAGAACUCGUUAACUAUAAUAGCACAGUAAUGAGCUCCAGUACUAGUUAAAGUACCAUUGCAAUUUUCCGCUGCUUGGUUAGAGCAGAUAAGGUGAAGGCGCAAAGGUUUUAAAUGAUCAGUAACCCCUUCAGCAAUAUCAUAAUCGCUAACCCCUUCGGUUGUGCAUUUCACUCGG